AUGGAUACUCGUCCCAAAUCAUUUGGGACGGGCCCAUGCGAUGCGCGAGCCGCCGAGAGCGCGUCCACACGUCUCUGUGCGGACGCCGAAGCAGAAACCACAGCAACUGAUGUCUCAUCGGUUGCUGAAGCGACUCAGCCUGUGUCACUUGGUGAUGCAGGCGCUGGUCAUGAAGACACUCAUGUCUUCACAGAGUAUGAGCUCGGUGUCUCAUACUCUCCUGAUACGGAAGACGGAUCCGUAUCGAAGGCGAUCGAAUCCAAGCCGCCUGCCAAGCGUGGCAUGGAUGAUGCUAUGCGUUGUAGCAUCUCUGGUUCAUCUGAUGAAUCAGAUGAAUCAUCGCCGAAGCGUAGGCGCUCGAGGUCGCGAGACUCGGGCGCUAAUAGUGUUGUCGGUUCUCCUAUGGACGCCACUUCGCAACGAGGUGCCAGUCCUUCUGUCAGCACGUCGCAGGAAGAGCGGGACCGCAAUGUCUUGCGUCUCGCUCCCGAGAAGAAGGCAUGGAUGCCUCCAAAAUCUGUCAUGGAUCACUUGUCAGCGACGACGAGUGUUUGUUAUUGA